CACCGCUGCUUCUUGUGUUUGAAGCAUUGGGGGUUCCGAAAUCCUAACCGCACCUUCUUCGUUCUCAUUUUGAGUCUCUCUCGGCGGCCAUAAAUCUCUCUCUCUCUCUCUCUCUCUCUCUCAAACCAGAGACAAACCGUAACCCUAGAGAAGCACCAGCAGAGUGCGCAAGCAUUCAUCCAUGGCGAACUUGGAAGACGUGCCCUCCGUUGAUCUCAUGACUGAGCUCCUCCGUCGCAUGAAGUGCGCCUCCAAGCCCGACAAGCGCCUCAUUCUCAUCGGUCCACCUGGAUCAGGAAAAGGUACCCAAUCACCAAUUAUCAAGGAUGAGAACUGCCUAUGCCAUUUGGCUACUGGUGACAUGCUGAGAGCCGCGGUUGCUGCCAAGACUCCUCUUGGGAUCAAAGCCAAAGAGGCUAUGGACAAGGGAGAACUUGUUUCUGAUGACUUAGUUGUUGGCAUCAUUGAUGAAGCAAUGAAGAAGCCUUCAUGUCAGAAAGGUUUCAUUUUGGACGGAUUUCCUAGGACUGUGGUCCAGGCACAGAAGCUUGAUGAGAUGUUGGAAAAGCAAGGAGCCAAAGUGGACAAGGUUCUCAACUUUGCAAUUGAUGAUUCAAUCUUAGAGGAGAGGAUUACUGGCCGGUGGAUACACCCCUCCAGUGGUAGAACCUAUCACACAAAAUAUGCACCUCCCAAGGUUUCCGGUGUUGAUGAUGUCACUGGAGAGCCUUUGAUUCAACGCAAGGAUGACACUGCUGCUGUUCUGAAGUCAAGGCUUGAGGCAUUCCACAGGCAAACAGAACCAGUUAUUGACUACUACUCCAAGAAGAGCAUUGUUGCAAAUCUUCAUGCAGAGAAACCUCCCAAAGAGGUCACAUCUGAGGUUCAAAAGGCACUCUCUUCGUGAAACUGGGUCUCCCUUAGUUUUGUGGAUUAUUUCCCAAAGACCUUAGAAUUGUAGCCCAUUUUAUAAUUUCCAUACAAUUGAGUUGACUUUUGGGCUAUUCCAUUCAUUUGCAAGUUUCGAAUGCCGGCUUCUGUCAAACUUUUUGAGGGUUAAAGGAGUACUAACUUGAAAUAAAUUUCGAAAGGAAUUGUUGGUUA